CGCCUUUGGCGCCCCGAAAUUAAAAGGGAGGAGACGCUCGCAGACAAGAUGGAGCCUCUCGGCCAUUUUUAGAUGGGAUCGCGCUUCCGUCCUCCCGAUCUCUCCCUCACCUCGGUGGAGGAUGGUUCCGACGCCUCGAGGCCGCCGCUGCCGCCCAUGGCGAACCCUAGCUCAUCAGCAGGACUUGCUGAACAUAAGGUUCAGCUGGUACGGACUUGUAAAUCACCCAAAGAUAUGAGCAACAAAGAGAAUAUUUCCACUAUUGAAGAAGAUGGUUUGGAUGUUUCAACCUUCUGCAAGGUGGAAUCAGUGCAGAAGAGGAGCAAAAAGUCUGGACGGUGUAAUCUGAGGAAAAGCUUAGCUUGGAACCAAGCAUUCCUAACCGAAGAAGGUGUGCUAGAUCCACUGGAGCUGUCUAUCCUCGGUGGGUCUUCCAUGAAGCAGAAGGAGAGUGUUCUCUCUGUAAUUAAUGGACAACUGUCACCACUAUUGGGGUUCCAUAAGUCAGAUGUUACAACGCCAUGUGAUGCUGUUGGACAGAAGACUAUUGGCAAAAUGCAUGUGCAAUCUGGAGGAAGAAAAUUGAAAGAUAGCAAUUUAAUUGGCAAGUUUGAUGCAUCAAUUCAGGAAGAACAGCAAGAGUUGAUGGUCUCAGGAGUUAUAUCAACGAGCAAGCGCACAACAAAAAGUGUGCCACGACUACCGGCUGCAUCUUCAUAUCCUUUUACAUUCCUCUUCCAAAAAGAAUAUUUGGAUACUUAUUAUCAGAGGGGAUUUGACAGAUUCCUCCACUGUACACAAAAGAGAGUUGCAAGCUCAAAUGCAGCAAAUCCUACAUCAAAAAUUCCGAAGUUUAUGCCUACAAAGUCACAUGCUGCCUCUCUUACACCUACUUCCAGAGGUGACAUUUCAACCCCAAGGGACUUUACUUUAGACCAACGUGCCACGAUGGUUUAUACGGAGCAGAAUUCUAGUGUGAGGUGUUUUCCAUCAAACAUGAGAAACCAAUCCACUUGUGCUCAAUCAUCCAAAUCUUCUGCAGUUAAUUCUCAUAGGCCCUUGGUUCCCUUGAUGGAGAGAGGUGUGAAAGGUUUUAGUUUGAUGUCAGAUUCAUCAGCUUCUAAAGUUGUGCAGGGAACAAUAAUUUCUUGUAACUCCAGUAAAGAAUCUUCAUCAUAUCCUUCAAAAGCCUAUCAUGCUGCAGGAGGUGCUCUUGCACCAGGACAUGCAAAACCAUCUGCGUUGCGGAUGCCUUCACCAUCGUUGGGAUUUUUUCAACAGGGCAAGCGUCCUUCAUAUUGCCCCCAACCUCAAGUAAAUGUUCAACCGCCCCGACCUACUAUUCCUUGUAUAAGAGCAAGUAAGAUAAGGCCCACAGAAGAAUCGAGGCUUUUGCCUACUUCGACUUGGCAAAAAUCUUUGAAGGGCCUUCCUGCUCCAGAAUCUUUUGCUGGGACUAUAAUUUCUAGCAAAAUGGAGAACUCUUUGGUAGCUAUCUCUUUACCCUCAUCCAACGGAAAUGUUGUGCAUCCAUCAACGAGGGAAAAUGUUUCAAAGAUGCAAAGGGACAAGAUGGCUAUAGGAGCCUCUGGAAGGUUGUCAGACAGCCAGACAAGUGGUCAACAAGCCUUAAAGAGGUAUCGGUCACUAAUUGAUGAUGAUUUUGCACACCCUCGAGUUUUGUCAUCAGGAAACCCAGAACAUAAUGUUGACAAGGAAGUACCUUUUGUGAGUAGCUCAGUGCCGAAGAUGAAUAACAAGCUUUUGGUUCAUGAAAGUAGAUUACCUGUGGUACCACUGAAAGUUAAUAUCCCUGAGGAUGUCCACCAUACAUGCUUGCCUACCAAAAUAAAUCAUGCAAGUGAAACUGAAUUAUCUGAAGCAAGCUCUCUGUGUAAACUAAAUGCAGAUGUGUUAGAUGAAGGUGCUUCAGAAUUGGAUAACAAGGCCAAACGACCACUGUCAGAAUAUACAGGGUGGGUUGCUCAUGCUGUCUCAGAACAGGGUGGGUUGGCAGCUAGGAAUUCAAAUUCAUUGCCAGAUCUAGAGGUUGGCAUUUCAUCGAGAUUUGUUGAAUUUUCUGCUUUAACCAAAUCACCUUUGAGAUGGAGUAAAACGAAAGUAGUAGGUUCUGGCUCUUGUAACAGUUCAGAAUCAGGUUGUUCUUUAGCUCAAGAAACAUGUGCUGUGGACAAUUCAGAAAUCCACCAUGUGACACGUAUCUCUUCAGAGGAAACCAUGUCAUCUUUGACUUCAAGCAAAGAACACAUAGCUGGUUCUGAUUUCAUUAGCAAUACAGAAGUAGACUGUUCAGCACAAAACACAGGCAUACAUGUUGAGAAAGCAAAUUUAGGAAUGAAUAAUUUGGCUGCUAUAGUGUCUAGUUUACCAGAGGAUCCUCAACCUACGGCAUCAACUGACAGUAAAUGUCAUGAUUUUAGAGUGUGUUUUGAUAAUAAGGAUCCUAUCAACUUAAAGGAAGAGGGAACCUUGGUGCCCAAUGGCAGCAAGAAUGAUCAGAAGGAUAGAGUGCAGCAAGAUAUUACCCAUCUGAAACAUCACUUGAAUGCUGUCCCAUUCACCGAUGAGUGGCUUGCUGCAAUUGAGGCUUUUGGGGAGGAAAUAUUGGAGUUCAAAACAGGCCCUGUACAAAAUUCUCCACCAGACAAGACUCUUCCUAAACCUGGUCCAUGGUCACCGGUUAAACGGAAAGCUCAGGACGUAGGACCAUUUGAUUGCACGAAGCAUUCGACAAAUCUGUCACCCCCUGAUUCCUCCUAACCCGUCGGUUGCCUCGUAUGAAGAGACCUCUUGGUGAUCUCAGAGUUUCGAUUUGCUCAGCAUGAUCUGCUUGUACGUCAUACUUUUCAAUGUACAGACAGUUUCAUAAACCUAUGAACGCGAAUAAAAUGGCGAACUGCACGGUUUUUUUUUUCAUAUUUAUUUUUAGGGUUGAAUAUGUUCUAUUUAUUUCGAGGGUUGAAUAUGUUUCCUCGAACACGGUCUAAUUGGUACAUCAUGAAUCGCUACUUGAUG